AUGAUGACUGUUAGUAUGCCAUCAACUGCAUAUUACUCAUCGGAUGCGAAAAAUUCCUAUGCGCCUAUUGCAGCCGGACAAACAGCUCUUAUGGAACAACGCAGUGUAGGACAGUCAGUCAUGAAGAAUUCCCUUCUUCACAGGCCCCUGGAUGCUAACUCUUAUGGCUCCCAAUCACCCAGCAUCCCAAGCGCCAGUCUUAGCGCCGCAAUUGCUUCCUCGUUGUCACUAGGUGAAAAUCACCAAGGUCUUUCACGGCUUGAGGAUGUGCCCCUUGAAUUGCUCAGUAGGAACAUAUCCUUUCACCGCUCCCCAUCCGCACCUCUUGACGUCCUAAUAAAGUCGAGAAUCGAAAAGAUGCCCAACUCGCUUGUCCUGGUCAAUAAUAGCAAAACUGAAAACGAGGCGGUUUGUCCAAACCUUCGUGUCUACCAGCAGGAGGAUGCUCACGAGUACCUUUUGGGAAUUCUUUCGAAAAUGGAAGACGGCGUACUCGCGGCCUAUGGUAAAAUGCCCCGCGCCACAAUGGAUACCAACGUUAUCCGGCGGAUUUUUGGCGGAACUACACGAUCGGAGGGUGGUGUGCAUGUUGAAUUUUGCGAUUCAGCCACCGAAGACGGCAACUCCUCGCAAUCAGACGAGCAAAUCCGUAUCAAAAAACUUUCUUCUGAUGACGAAGACGAUUCUGCAGAGUUUGCUAGUUUGCGCACGCCGGCUUGGCGGAGGCUGUAG